CGGUAGCUGUCGUGGACUCACCGGCACCAAUAGUUGCCCAAAUGGCAACCCCAGCAGAUGCCGUGCAAACUCCAGCUCCUAUAGCCGAUCCAGAGGCAACACCUGUCUUGGAGACUCCAGUUCCGGCAGUCGAUCCGGUGCCAGCCCCCGUAGCUGACGUGCGACUGCCCAUUCCGAUCGCUGAAUCAGUGGCAGUAUCCGUACCUGUCGUGCAGACUCCAGUUCCUGUGGCUGCCCCAGUAGCAACUCCAGUAGCUGUCGUGGAGACCUCAGUUCCUUUAGCAGAGCCGGGGGCAGCGCCCGCAGCUGUUGUGCAGAACCCGGCUCCUCUGGACGAACCUGUGGCAACACCCUUAACUAUAAUGGAUACUUCGAUUCCGCUAGCUGAGCCAGUGGCAACACCGGUAGCUGUCGUCGAGACUUCAAUUCCGGCACCAGUAGCUGUCGUGGAGACACCGGUUCGGGUAACUGAGUCAGUAGCAGCCCAUAUAGCUACCUUUGAGACUGCGGCUUCGGUAGGUGACCCUGUUGCAACCCCAUUGGCUGUCGUGGAGACAUCAGUUCCAGUAGCCGAGCCAGUGGCAAUACCGGUAGCUGUCGUGGAGGCUUUAGUUCCAGCAACAAUAGCUGUCGUGGAGACCCAAGAUCUGGUAAGUGAGUCAGUGGCAACCCCCUUACGUGCCGUGGAGACUCCAGUUUCGGUUACUGAACCUGUGGCAGCCCCAUUGGAGCCCGUGGAUACUCCAGUUGCGGUAGCCGAGCCAGUGGCAAUACCCCUACCUUCAGUUCCGGUAACUGAACUAGUGGGAGCACCAGCAGCUGUGUUGGAAACACCGGUUCUGGUAGCUGAGUCUGUGGCAACCCCCGUACCUAUCGCGGAAACUUCAGCUCCUCUAUUUGAAUCAGUGGCAGUACCCGUACCCGUCAUGAAUACUCCGGUUCCUGUAGCUGAACCAAUUGCAACGCCCGUAGCUGUCGUGGAGACUCCGAUUCCGGUAGCUGAGUCACUGGCAACACCUGUAGCUGUCGCGGAGACUCUGGCUCCGAUAACUGAACCAGUGGCAUCACCAAUAGCUGUUGUGGAAACUUCACCUUCAGUUGCUGAGCCAGUGCCAACACCCGACGCUGACGUGGAGACCCCGAUUCUGGUAACUGAACCAGUGGAAAUGCCUGCACCUGUAGUGGAGACUGCGGUUUCGGCAGCUGAACCUGUGGCAGUUCCCAUAGGUGUCGUGGAGAAUUUGGCUCCGGUAGCUAAACCAGUGGCAUCGCUAGUAGCUGUUGUGGAUACUCCAGUUGCAGUAGCUGAUCCAGUGGCAACACCCGUAGCUGUCGUGGAAGCGCAGGUUCUGGUAACAGAGUCAGUGGCAACGGCAGAAGCUAUCGUGGAGACUCCAGUUGAGGUAGCUGAGCCACUAGAAACCCUCGUAGUUGUUUUGGAAACUUCGCCUCCGAUAGCUGAGGCAAUGGCAGCACCCGUAGCUGCCAUGGAGACCCCAGCUUCGGUAUCUAAGCCAGUGGCAACGCCCGUAGCUGUCGUGGAGACUCCGAUUUCGGUAUCUGAACCCGUGGGAACGUCCGUAGCUGUCGUGGAAACUCAGAUUCUGGUAACUGAGGCAGUGGCGACGCCCGUAGCUGCCAUGAAGACCCCAGCUUCGGUAGCUAAGCCAGUAGCAAUGCCCGUAGCUGUCGUGGAGACUCCGAUUUCGGUAUCUGAACCUGUAGAGACGCCCGUAGCUGUCGUAGAGACCCCUGUUCCGGAAGCUGAGCCAGUGGAAGCUCCAGUAGCUGUCGGGGAGACUUUGAUUUCGGUAUCUGAACCUGUGGCCACGCCCGUAGCUGUCGAGGAAACUCAGGUUCUGGUAACUGAGGCAGUGGCAGUGGAGACCCCAGCUCCGGUUGUUGAGUCAUUGGCAACGCCCGUAAUUGUCGCGGAGACUACGGCUCUUGUAGCUGAGCCAGUGGCAACCCCAGUAACCAGCUAUGUAGUAAUGGAUGUACCUACAAAACAAUCGGAGUCACCAGCAGCUGUUGGGGAUUCAGGUGCAGCAAUUGGAUUAUCGAAUGCAUAUGGGGAUCAGUCUGAAGUUGUGCCCGGGGCAAAGAUAUAUCCGACUCGCAGGGAUCUGAAUACGACAGAUGUGUCGCUGUUGGCCAUCGCAGCUACCUUGGAUGCCAUAGCGGACAAGCUCAACGAUCAAAGAGCUCGAAACCAAGAAGUCUUGGAUCGAAUCUGCGAAAUAGAGAACAUUUUAGGCGUGUCCAAACAAUAAUACUAUUGUAUCUGCUUAACUAAUGUUGAAUAUCUGAAAUAUGAUUAAUAAAUGCUGUUCAAGAAA